AUGAAUUUUUUUCAGGAGGAGAAGAGAAUUACAUGUGCGUUCUGUGAACGAAUGCUGGAGAAUGCGAAGAAUUACGCGGUAACUGCAAAGACUGACAUCAGCUCAUUCGCAACGACAGCCUGCGCAAAACUGCCAAAAGGACGGUACUUGGAUCACUGCUACCAGUUGGCCGACAAGAAAAUAGCCGAGUUGGCUAAAUUUGUCGAUCAGCAAGUGAUCGAGGCGUUGUGGUGUGCGGAACUCAAUCAGUGCUGA